AUGGAGCCAUCGCCACCGGCUUAUGAACAAGCGACACUCUAUCCAUCAGUUCCGCCACAGAACGAUAUUUUCAAUCCGCCAUACAAUCCAUCAUUUCAAUCUGCUGGGCAGCCUCCAAUUAGUCAAAAUUAUUAUCCGUUAGCUCCUUCUCAAACUACCGCAACUACAACUGUCGUUGUUCAACGAUUUCAUGUUGUUACUAUUGUGAAACAUAUCAGCGACUCCAUGACGUUUCUAAUUUGCUGCGCAAUGUUUUGCUUCGGAUUCUGGAUUUGCUGUUGCAUGCCAUUUCUAAUUGAUGCUUGCAAGGAUGUUCACCAUAUAUGUCCCAACUGCAAACAUGUCAUCGCUGUCCAACGUCGACUUUAA